UGUUCAUUUCUGUUGUCUGCUAUUUGCACGUGAACCACGUGAACAAAGCAUUGUUGUUUCUUUUUACAUUAUUUAUAAACAGUUUGUUCUUAAAAAAUACAUAUUUUUUUUAAAUAUAAAAAAUGGAGUUAGAUCAGUCAGCCAAAGAAGUUGAAGAUAUGGAUACAACAGACGUGAAAGAAAUGAGUUACGAGGAUAAACUUGAAUUUGUUAAUGCCAUCUCUCAACCCAUGGCUCCAAAAAAAUUAUCAAAAAAAAUCUACAAAUGUAUUAAAAAAGCAUCAAAGCAUAAAACUUUUGUUCGAAAUGGACUAAAAGAUGUACAGAAAUGCAUUCGAAAAGGAGAGACAGGGAUAGUGAUAUUCGCAGGCGAUGUUUAUCCAGUAGAAAUAAUGUGUCAUUUACCAGUGGUUUGUGAGGAUAAAAAUAUUCCAUAUUGUUAUACACCUUCGAGAACUGACAUUGGAUCAGCAAUGGGAGUUAAACGUGGUAGUCUAAUGGUUCUUAUUAAGGAACAUCCAGAAUAUAAAGAACUUUAUGACGAAAUCAAAAGUGCUAUGGUAACACUUUCUACACCACUUUAGUUUAUAUAAGAAUAUAUUUACAUUUUGUUAAUAUACAUAAAAUUUACAUUUAUUUUUAAUGUACAAAAUAACUACAUUUUAUAUAAAUUACAAAAAAUUUUCUAAUUAAAUUUCUUUCAAUUUUUCAUAUAAAAAAAAA